AUGGCUGAUUUCAACCAAGUUGCCAAGGCUUUCGUCGAAUUCUACUACCAAACCUUCGAUACCGGUAGACAAAACCUGGCUCCUCUUUACAGACCAGAGUCCAUGUUGACCUUUGAAGGCCAACAAAGUUCGGGCAAUGGUGCUAUCAUUGAAAAGCUUGUCGGUCUCCCCUUCCAAAAGGUCGCUCACCGUAUCAGCACUAUCGAUGCUCAACCUGCUAACCCCAGCAGCGGUACUAUCCUUGUCACUGUCACUGGUCAACUCUUGAUCGAUGAGGAACAAAACCCCCAAAUGUUCAUGCAAACCUUCCACUUGGUCCCUGAAGGCUCCUCUUACUGGGUGUUCAAUGACAUUUUCCGUUUGAUCUACGCAUAA